AUGCUCCGCUUGAAUUCGAAGGAGGUCCGUCAGCUUCUACACAACAAGUUUGUGGUCAUCUUAGGCGACUCAAUCCAGCGAUCUGUCUACAAGGACCUCAUUCAGUUGCUCCAGAGUGACUCCUUACUCACUUCGUCCCAAAUGAAGACUAAGGGCGAAUUCACUUUUGAAAACGACCACCUAAUCGAAGGCGGUGUGCUUGAGGGCCUACACAACGGAAUUCAUUACCGGGAAGUCCGUCAGUAUCGCACCCGUUAUCAUCUCGUCCGCUUCUACUUCCUGACUCGGAUCUACUCGGCAUAUCUGGAAAGCAUCCUCGACGAUUUCCGGGCUGGCCCACCGCCAGAUGUUUUGAUCCUCAAUUCUUGUGUUUGGGAUGUUUCCAGAUACGGCCCGUCUUCCAUGAUGGAAUACCGCAAGAAUCUGGAGAUCACUUUCAACAGAUUGGAUGCUGAACUCUCAUCCUCCUGUUUGGUCAUCUGGAACAUGACCAUGCCUCUUGGACCCAGGAUCAAAGGUGGCUUCCUUAUACCAGAGCUGCAGCACCUGAACCAGACCCUCCGCAAGGACAUCAUUGAAGGCAACUUCUACGGGGCCACGCUGGCUGCCCUCCACCUUUUUGACGUGGUGGACCUCCACUUCCACUUCCGCUUCGACGUGGGGAACCGGGUCAAAGAUGGCAUCCACUGGAACAACGUGGUGCAUCGCAGGAUCACCAACCUGCUCCUGACCCAUCUGGCGGACGCCUGGGGCGUCGUGAUCCCAGAGAAGGAUCCUUGGGAGG